AUGUCACAAUACAAGCUAUCAUUUAUUGCAGGGGAGAAAUACUUUACGUCAACUCCUACGAAUGAGUGGUCAUAUUCUGGAUAUCUCGAGACCAUAGAGCCGUAUUUCAAUAACCACGCUAAAAUAAGCACAUUGAAAUCGACGUGGAAGAAGCGUUUUAAUGACCAUCUGAGAGAUCUCGAAAAAGAUGAAAUUGAUGAGAGACGUGAAGUUGCAUCUGCUCUUAUUAGAAUGGAUUCAAAUGCCAAUGAAUUUUGGGAACAAUUUGAAAAGAAGCGAAUGUUAAAACGACAGCAGUAUAAUACAAAUGUCGACAUACAAUUAAGUACCUUAAAAGUGAUGAGCACUUCUGCUUCAUAUCAGGAGAAUGAACUAUCGAAACAAAUGGAACUUUUAAGUGAAAAUGAUAAAAAUCGGAAACGUCCAAAUAAUGAUUGUAUUGAGCAAGAAAACCCAAAAUUUUAUAAAAUUGAUGAAACAGAUGAUGAUGUAAAGAUGAAUGAUUCGAAUGAUAACGAUCACAGUCAGGUUAAAAAUCUCUUAAACGAAUUAUGCAGUUCAGAAAAUAUGAAAAAUUUAGUGGAUUGUUUUCAAAAAUAUUGUAACGAAUCCAUCAAUGAAUUAAAUCGGAACGAAAUUAUGGAUCUUACACCAUCUUCAGAGUUUGUUCUAAAAUAUACAGACGAGGAUGAUUACAUGCAAGUUCUAAAAGAGACCUUUGAGUCUGUCGAUAAAUUGUUUCCGGAAAGUGCGAUUGAAUUUCUUAAUGGGUUUUUUUCAGAGACUUAUACUCUCCAGCAAUGGGAUAACAAGAUAGAAAGCUUAUUGGAACCGGAGGGAGAUCCAUUUUUGAAAAAACUGAAAAGACUCUUAUUUGAAACAUUACCGAUCUUCUUUGAUGCAUUUUCUUUGCUUCAUGAUAAUCCACUCAAAAAUCACAAUAUGCUUGAAGAGGAGUAUAUGAAUACAUAUAUUCAUCCCAUCUUAAGGAAAGCUCUACGCAGGUUUGCAGAUAUUCGCUAUGUACCAAAACAAAUAAUGAAACAAGAAGGUAACGCAGACCGUUCAGACGGAAUCGCAUAUACUAACACGGAAAAGCAAUAUGAAAUAUGUAUAACGGAGGGAUCCAGGCCAUAUGUGACUGACAAUACGAAAGAAAUAUCAGACUUUGUUCAGAAUGCGAGGGCAGGAAAAGAUCUAAUAAAUUACACUGUUGUGUCUGAAGUUAAAUUGAAACGAGCUCCGCCUUCAGAAUUUAAAGCAUAUAUGGUGCAAAGUAUUGGGCUAAAUCUUAGAUUUUAUUUCAUGGAUUAUUUAGUUCCAACGGACCUGGAAGGCGUUGGUUUACUUCCAUCUUUUUUCAAGGCUUUUGUGACUUGGGCUUUGAUGGUUAGGGACACCGAUCAAAAAUUCCGAUCGGUGAGAAACAGAAGGAGUGCACGCUAUAGUAACGCUCAUAAUUUACGAGUUCUUUCAGAAAUAAGUCAUAACAAGCCUCGUACAGGCAAUACAAAAAUCAUAAAGGAAAAAAAAAUAAUAUAG